AUGAGCUCUACUGAUUCCUAUGAUGCAUCCUUGGAUCUCCUGCGUCGACUAGACCCCAGACGCUUGAAAGAGCACUUACAGAAUUUAAUUAAAUUGGAACCUUCCCUAGCUGAAGAUCUGCUGUCAUCAGUAGACACCCCGUUGACUAUAAAGCGAGACCCCAAGGCCUCUCAAAGAGAGUACUUAUGUUGUGAUUACAACAGAGACAUCGAUUCACACAGAUCUCCUUGGUCUAAUGAAUACUAUCCUGAGUUGUCCCCUGAAGAUUUAAAGGAGAGUCCAUUUCCCUCCACAGAAUUGAGAAAAUUGGAAGCUUUAGCGAAUGAUUCGUUCGAUAUCUACAGAGAUUUGUACUACGAAGGUGGUGUCUCGAGUGUCUACCUCUGGGAGUUGGAUGAGGAUAACACAGACGAUUUUGCAGGUGUUGUUCUUUUUAAGAACAAGGAUCAAAGUUCAAGUUGCUGGGAUAGUAUUCAUGUCCUCGAAGCUACCCGUGACGGUUCCGAUUUCACCUAUCGUAUCACAACUACGAUUAUUUUGCAUUUGGAUAAAGGGGAUCAGAUGUCAUUAUCUGGAAAUUUAACUAGACAAACUGAGAGGACAGUUAAUGUGCCUGCUGCAGAGUCUGUCACUGAGGAACAAUUGAGUGUGGCACAUAUCACAAACCUGGGGACUUUGAUUGAAGAUGUCGAAUCACAGAUGAGAACUAUGUUGGAAGCUGUUUAUUUCGAAAAGACUCGGGAUAUCUUUCACCAAACGAAGAACAGCGCACCAAGUGCAGAGGAGAUGAAUAAAGAAGCCCACCAGGAGCUUAUCAAGGGCUUGCAAGGUCUCUAA